GGGGUGCCAAGCAACUCAUUUAAAUGUGGCAGGUGGAAGACAAUCUGUUGAAUUACACAAAAAUUGCCCUCUCUGGCCCCCAAGGGCCCACACUGCUAUUGACCCACACAUUCAGGCUGCGAUCAGGAUGGGUUCAGUUGUGAUCAGUCUCGUUCAGUUACGAUCAGUCAAUUGACCCAAAAGGGCCUGAAACUGUGGCGGUGCGAUGAGGAUUUCUUUAGUGAUGCAACUUUUCGCGAGAGAACACUUUUGGUCCAACAGGGCCCGAAAUGGGACUUUUAGGUCCACAAACUUACCCAACCAAGGCCCUAAUCAAUUCCCGCGCCUUUUGAAAUAAAACCCAGUUUUCGUCCUGAGCCCAGUUUUGUUCCUUCUCGUUUCCAAGUGUCUUCCCAGUUUUACAUCUCUCACACAAAGAAACAACCAAACUUUUUCGCCACUUGUAUCUUACACCCGUCUCUUUUCUACAGCCUGCCCAAGGCAGAUGCCUCACUUUACGUGUAUCUGAGAUAACAUCCAUCAAAAUGGGUAAAAAGAGGACGGCGGAGGACAGAAGAAAACAAGCUGAGGAAAGCGGCUUCAACUUCGACGACGAGGACGUUGACGAUAGACCUGUCCCACGAUUUGUUCUGGGAUAUACCGAAAGAGUGUGCAAUGUACAGGUAGAGCUCUGGCAGGACGAUUUGAGAACUCUGAAGAGAUUCGCCGAAUUUAUAGCCAGCUGUACUUCGGGGAUUCUUGACCCGGAAGGCAAAGCUACUGUUCAGACUGUGCGCAAUCACUUCCGUCGCUUUGUGUCAGGCUGGAAUCGCAACAACCCUGAAUCAUUGAUCACGAGAGAUCAUACAGAUUCCAUCACCAAUUAUAUUAAAGGGCCACUAAAGAAGAAGAUCGGGUUGUCAGACCUUAAAAGACCGAAAACGUACAUGACAAUCGAAAAUUUCAUGUACAUGGAAAGACAGCUUUGGCAGAGUGAUGGGCAUGAAUACCUUCACGAUGGAUAUCGUGUCUUGAUUAGUGCCAAACUGAAAUGUCAUGUGUUCACCUCAGCUAGAGUGGGUGAGAUAAGUGAGAGCUCUAGUCGAGCGGGCACUGGGAAUGGGCUGCUUUACAAGCAUACGGAGAUGUUAGUCGCAUGGAAGAAUGGAGAGCCAGAGCUGCGCUACAGUCUUAAACGGGAGUUUGCGAAAGGGAUGCACGACAAGGAAGAUCAGCGACCAACGCACAUUUUAUAUGAGCACUUACCCGGCCAGCCUCUCAUUCUGAGCCCGAUCGUCUUUCUGCUGGCCAUAUUCCUCGCACGAGGAGCUUUCAAAAGCUACAGUGACAUUCAGCAGAUUUUGGACGUGAAACCACCAUCUGAUCAAGGAUACUGGGUUUUGGAUUGGGCAGAUCAUGUUAAGGAUCUCCCAGUGUUUCCAACAAUGACUGCAAAGGGUAUGACCCAGAAGAUUCAAACCGCUGGUGCGUUUGCCAAUCAGAUCAGGGGUCUAUCAAUACGUGCAGGAAUGGAACGACCCGUGACACCACAUGGAAUCCGCCGAGAAUGCCUGAUCCAAGCUACAAGUAACGGUUACUCCAAGGAUGAGUUGAUGAAGUUUGCUGCUCAUACAAACCAAAUGACACUAACCAGGGACUAUUUGAGCUCCAUUACGCAUGUGGAUGGUCAAGGAAGUUUUCUCAAGAUGCCCCUGCGGAGCGAUCAAGCCGAGGACUUCCGUUCAAUGACUGUCAAAAGAAAUCCAGAUCUUUUUCUCUCUUUGCCUGCAAAGGCACAGGAUGAACUAAGACAGCGACCUGAUUAUGUUGUCAUUUCCGAGCAGCUCAAGGAUCUAGCUUCCAAGACGGAUGCUCAAAGCAGAAAAGACAAAAGCCGACUUAUCUCACGCAGACGCAAGCUUGAGAAAGCGGAGCUGGACAAAGCUCGCAGUUCCCAGUCCCGGGUGCACCCAAAAGAUCGCGAAGAGCUAGAGAGGCAUCAUGUAGACCAGGACCGUUCCCGGUUUGGCCGCCUGAGACACAUGAUGCUGGAGCGCAGACGUCUCUCCAACGCACUAUUUCAGGUGGCUGAUCUAAGGAGCGAGAUUGGAAUUUCGGCCAUAAAAGAUCUUUAUGGUCUUUUAAAGAACGAUUGCCAAGUUGCGUAUCAGCCAUCUCUGCGGCCAAUUGAUGGCAAAUGCCCCAGGAAGGAAUGCAACGUCGAAAUCGACUCGUAAGUAAAAGUAAAAUUCGAUCCGAUUGAAGUGCUACUUACGUAUCUAUUUAUUAGGAUUGAUGCCGAUGAUAGAUGGGAUCAUGUUUUCAAAUGCGUCAAGGCACAGCAACAAGGAGAGCACAAGUUCGUUGAAUUUUGCUUCAUAUGCAAUCAAGCAGUCGGAGGAUCCGAACGAUGGGAAAUUCAUUGUCAGGAACACGUCAGGAAAUGUGAAAUCCGUACACGAUGUGACUUCGUGAAGUUCCGCCGAGCCAUCGCCUACGCUGGCAACUGCAUAACAUGCCUACAUAACGAACAACUGCCUGCUGCAAGACGGCUUUACGGGUUCAUGAAGCAGUCGAGCUGGAAGAAACACAUUCACGAAUGUUUCUUUUCUUACAUAAACAAAUCUGGUUCCCAAACGGAGCUCCAUUGUCCAGAUCCUCUUUGCUCAACAGAGUACGACUCAACAGAGGACUUAUGGUACCACCUACAGGACGCCCACAGCUAUCCCUCUCCAAAGGCUGGUUGCCGGUUGAAAACUGAAAAGGAUCCAUUCAUGAGGGAUUAUGCGGCGCCAAAUCCUCACCAGCCAAAGCGUCGUCGAAUUCGUGAAAUCAGCACCGAUGUGAUUAAGGAAGACCCUUUUGAAACUCAGUCUGAAACGAUUUGCACCACGCCGUCUACUCUUAGCAUUCUUUCAACAAGUUGCGAUUCUUUUGAUGCGAGCACCCCUGUGCCCCCAAUUUCCGAAGAUGAUUCACACUACGCGGCAAAACAAAAAUUUCUGCAACUGGAAACAAGCGCCCUUACUGCUCUCGCAGAGUCUAACAGUAUUUCUGGGAACUUCAAAGUUGUCAACACCGGAUUGAACAUUAACUCCAUCACUUCUAUGGAGGAAACAGGGUGCUCGUCAAGCAACAAUAAUACAUCGCACCUCGAUCCUUCUUCAAACUCUAAGAUCUGCGAGCCUGUCAAGAUUCUCGGAUUCGCUGUAGAAUUGGCGGAUCCAGAUCUUCUUGGAGUGACGACGAGCCAUAACCUAUUUCCAGAUAAGGUACCUUUGCAAACAAAGAGCCAGCCAAUGGCAAUCGAUGAAGAACAAGACAUAUGGGAGGCCGAGAAACUGCUUGCAAAACGUCGUCGUGGCCGGGAGAUUCAAUAUCUUGUCAAGUGGAAAGGUUUCCCAGAUGAUGACAAUACUUGGGAACCAACGAAGAACAUUUUUGACAAGCAUCUCAUCAAGAUCUUCAAUUCUAGCAGCAGAUGACAUUGGAGGCCGAUAGCUUAAAAUCAGACCACAGAAGUCGAUCUUUGCAUCAGAUUAAGCAAUAGCUUGAUGCAAAAAAACGGCAAUCCUUUGGAGGUACGGCAUUUAUGUAGCCGGCUAAACAGCACGGCUCUGCAGGAUUAGGUCUCUUUCGAUGGCUCUAGGACAUGGGAAAACACCGUCUGCCUUGUUAUAUGCUCGGAGUGUAUUAGAAAUUUAAAGAUCGUUUUACGUAGUAUGACUGCUGUCGGAUCUGCCAUGGUGAAUGUCGCUUUAAUCGGUGCCAGGCUCUACGGACAUUGCUAGUUGCUGCUGGUGACUUAGCGGUACACCGAUUUUCUCUGUUACUGCCUCGACAGGCGCUGUUUGAUAUCAAAACACAAGUGUUACGGCCAGGGCAAGCACAAAACGGGAGCUAACUUUUAACAUCCAUCGACCUAGACGGCAGGCAGCUCGGGAGCUGCGUGACACCUCAUCUCAG